AUGGAGUCGUCAGUAAUUCCGGUGGUCAUCGGAGUGGACAUCGGCGGCACCAACACGGACGUGGUCCUCAUCUGCCACAGGGACGGCAGGCCCCAGGUUCUGUCUGAGGUCAAGGAGCUGACCAGCAGUGACGUCACCACGGGCGUGAAGAAAGCCGUGCUCCGAGGCCUGCUGCAGGCCAAGAGCAAAGGUCACACGGUGAACCCGAUCCAGGUCAACAUAGGUACCACGCACUUCGUGAACGCCGUCGUGCAGGGAAAGGAUCUAGCGAAAGUUGCAGUGAUCCGAAUCUGCGGGCCAGUGUCUGAGGAACUUCCGCCGUUCAGCGACAUCCCAGCAGGCCUCACGAACAUCAUCCGUGGCUCCGCCCACCUCGUGCACGGGGGCUUCCGGUAUGACGGGAAGGAACACGAGCCUAUAGACGAGGCUCAGCUCCGUGACGUCAUUGAGGGUGUUAAAAAGCAGGGUAUAACAAACAUCGCGUACAUCGGGAUCUUCUCCCCAACUCGACCGGAUCAGGAGCUGAGAGCAAGGGAGAUAACUCGCGAGGUUUUCCCGGAAGCUAGCGUGUCUCUGUCCCACGAGAUCGGCCAUAUUGGGAUUCUGCAGAGGGAGAACGCGACCAUCCUGAACGAGUGUCUGAAACCGUUGUGUAAGAAAACCGUUAGUGGUUUUCAGUCCGCUCUAGAGGAGAUUGGAGUCACGAGUCCCGUUUUUCUCACACAGAAUGAUGGAACCAUCAUUAGUAGCGAGGGCGUUCUGGAGCAGCCGGUUCUGACUUUCGCGUCGGGUCCGACCAACAGCAUGCGUGGGGCGACGUUCCUGUCAGAGCUGAAAGACGCCAUUGUCAUCGACAUAGGAGGGACAACGGCCGACGCUGGCGUGCUCAAAAACGGGUUUCCCCGAGAAGCCUCCACUCACGUCAAAGUAGGCGGGGUCCGAACCAACUUCCGUAUGCCUGACGUAGUGAGCGUUGGGCUCGGAGGUGGCUCGUACGUUAGGGAGAGAAGAAACGGCAAAGGUGAGCUAGAGGGCGUGGCUAUAGGUCCACGCAGCGCAGGUUUGAACCUCCUGAAAGAGGCUCUUAUUUUCGGCGACGGAACCGACUCGGAUUCGGCAAAGCGAUCGACCACAACAACGGAUAUCGCAGUCGCUGCCGGUUUUUACAAGCUAGGGGACCCCAAGAGAGUCAAAGGUUUGGACGAGGGCUUUGUGAGGAAAUCUGUGGAGGCGAUCCACGCAGUUCUGGAGGAGUUGGUGGACAGGAUCAAACUGAGCAGGGAGGAGCUACCUGUCGUGGUGGUGGGCGGGGGCAGUAUCGUGAUUGACAGGACGAGGCCCAUGAGGGGAGCCACUGAGCUGAUCGUUCCCGAACAUUUCGGCGUCGCCAACGCGAUAGGAGCGGCCCUCAGCAAAGUCUCCGCCAGCCUCAACACUGUGGUGAGCCUCCUAGACCUCGUGGACACAGCGGAAAUGGAAGGGCGUGUGCAGGAAGCGGUAAAGGCCACCACCACGACCGAUGACCCGGAUGGGACAAAAGCGGACCUCGCCACCAACGAAGCCAGGAAACCCUUCUUUUCCCGCGCCAGAGACGCCGCGAUAGAGGAGAUCUGCCGGAAAGUGAAGACGCUUGUCGUUGCAGCCGGGGCCGAUGAAACAACAAUAGAAAUCCUCGACAAACAGGAUUCCGUCAUUCCCUACAUGCCCGGGAACGCCACUCAAAUCUUUGUCAAGAUGGUCGGAGAUCUUGCUGCAUGGAGUCAGAAACUCGUGGGUGCCAAGCAGUGGUCAUGCCCUGAAAACUCAGACAAUAUCCUCGCCCUGGAAAGUUAUGUAGCCACCAAUAAACAAACGUAUUCUUCAACAGGACAGCGAAUCGAUGACGCGAAGGAGGGAGAUGAGGAAGAGGAGACGAAGGAGAAGGCGAAGGGGGAUGGGGACGUGGGCGAUGAGGAGGACGACGAUGCCACCAAGUCGCCGAAAGAUCCCUACAUCGACCGAGAGAGCGGGGAAUGGAUUCUGUCUGAGUACGACAUCGAGUGCAUCGCAGUGGGCGCCGGGAUUUACGGUUGUGGAGGAGGGGGUAGUCCACACAUGGGUAGACUGCGCGCUUUCGCGUCCAUCCGGAGCGGGAAGCGCAUGCGCGUGGUGAACCCGGAUCGUUUUCUGAAAGACGCUGACCCGGAAACGGAUAUUGUGAUUGUGACGUCCAUGAUGGGAGCGCCUCUGAUCACGUACGAGCAGGGCGAGUCGUCUGCCGAGACUGUGAGAUCUUUGGAGUGUCUGCGAGAUCUUUACCAGGUUGGAGGAUACAAAGAUGGAGAUCUACAGAAUAAAGAAGGUGUAACCGUGACAACCACCCAAGCAGGAGUCAAGUUCAUUCAAAACUAUCACCCGAGCAACACUUCCCAAAAGUCGAAGAAUUGCAAAAUCAUCGGUGUAAUGGCUGCAGAAAUCGGAGGCUCAAACGCCAUUGAGCCUUUCCUCGUUGGAGCCAACCUUGACCUUCCGGUCAUCGACGCAGACGGGAUGAGCCGAGCCUUUCCGGAAGUGCAGAUGUUCAUUCCUUACAUGUACAACAGCCCCGCGUACCCACUGACUAUAGUAGGAUCGGGAAACUCCGUAGAAAGAAGCGCUCUUCUGUACUCUCCGGGAAAUAAGUUGACAGAAAACUUCCUGCGUGACGUCACCGUUGACUAUGGUGGCAGUGCAGGAUUGGCUAGUUCCGUCACGUGUGAUGAAGUGAUGACGAAGACGGCGCUGCAUACUGUGAGUAGUGCUUGGAGGCUCGGAGACGCCAUUUUGCGUGCCCGAGUGGCGAAAGAAUCUGUGAUUGAAGCCGUAGUCAAGCAGGAGGACGCCAAGCAUAUCAUCACGGGCAAGAUCACGGACGUGCAACGGGAAACGAGUGGAGGGUGA